AGAACCCAUUGCGCAAGCUGGCCGACAGGUGCCUUGGAGCCAUCGAGGAGAUGGAACGGCGCUCGACCAGGAUGAGGGGUUGCCUAGCCAAUAAAGCCGCCGCCCCCUUAGCUGCGAGGCUUUGCUUUUUAACCCCUCGGCGAGGCUAGGGUUGGAGGGCUUCCGGCCGGAGGCCAUUAGAUGGGACACCCGGAAGGCGGAAGUCCUAGGGCGGAAGUGGCCGAGAGGAGAGGAGAAUGGCGGCGGAAAGCUGGUUUUGGCGCUGGGGCUGGGGCCGGCGAUGCCUGGGGAGGCCUGGGCUUUCCGGCCCCGGCCCCGGCCCCACUACACCUCUACUCUUUCUUGUGUUGCUGGGUUCUGUAGCUGCCGAUAUAACUGACGGCAACAGUGAACACCUCAAGCGGGAGCAUUCGCUCAUCAAGCCCUACCAAGGGGUCGGUUCCAGCUCUAUGCCUCUCUGGGACUUCCAGGGCAGCACUAUGCUCACGAGCCAGUAUGUACGUCUGACCCCUGACGAACGCAGCAAAGAGGGCUCUAUCUGGAACCACCAGCCUUGCUUUCUCAAGGACUGGGAGAUGCACGUGCACUUCAGAGUCCACGGCUUGGGGAAGAAGAACCUCCACGGAGACGGCAUUGCCCUGUGGUACACCCGGGACCGCCUCGCGCCAGGGCCUGUGUUUGGAAGCAAAGACAACUUCCAUGGCUUAGCCAUCUUCCUGGACACGUAUCCCAAUGACGAGACCACUGAGCGCGUGUUCCCGUACAUCUCGGUGAUGGUGAACAAUGGCUCCCUGUCCUACGACCAUAGCAAGGAUGGGCGCUGGACCGAGCUGGCGGGCUGCACGGCCGACUUCCGCAACCGGGAUCACGACACCUUCCUGGCUGUGCGCUACUCCCGGGGCCGCCUGACGGUGAUGACUGACCUGGAGGACAAGAACGAGUGGAAGAACUGCAUCGACAUCACGGGAGUGCGCCUGCCCACCGGCUACUACUUCGGAGCCUCAGCCGGCACCGGUGACCUGUCCGACAAUCAUGACAUCAUCUCCAUGAAGCUGUUCCAGCUGAUGGUUGAGCACACACCUGAUGAGGACAGCAUCGACUGGACCAAGAUCGAGCCCAGCGUCAGUUUCCUCAAGUCUCCCAAAGACAACGUGGAUGACCCCACAGGGAACUUCCGCAGCGGGCCGCUGACGGGCUGGAGGGUGUUCCUGCUGCUGCUGUGCGCGCUCCUGGGCAUCAUCGUGUGCGCGGUGGUGGGGGCCGUGGUCUUCCAGAAGCGGCAGGAGCGGAACAAGCGCUUCUACUGAGCGGACGCGCCUGGCCGGCAAGGCCCUGACCUUGGGCCCAGGAACUAAUGUGAACUUUUUUUUACUGGGAUUGUAAAAGAACAACAGAUGACCUUAUUUCUUUCUUAACUGUUUCAAAGAAACGAUUAAAGUAUUUUC